AUGGGUGACACAGCAUUACUGGCAAUGAAACUUGAGGAUGUAUGUGCUCAUUGGAGCUUCAGAGGUAUUCAUGUAUGUUGGUCAAUUAGAAUUCUUAAUGGGCAAGCACCUGAUAGACUAAAGAGUUUUGGAAGUGCGCUUUACAUGACUUCAAUGUCUCUAGGAAACUAUGCAAGCAGUUUGAUUGUUGCUAUUGUUAUGAAGAUUUCUCACAGAGAUGGCAAGCCAGGAUGGAUCCCUAGAAACCUUAACAAGGGACGCUUGGACAAGUUCUAUUUUCUUUUGGCUACAUUGACAGUAGCAGAUCUCACUAUCUACAUUGCUUGUGCUAAGGGGUAUAGGCAUGUUAAAUUUGAAGAGAGGAGUGAUGAAGAAAACAAUUGCUAA